UGUGUUCAUAGGUUUUCUAUUUUUCAUUGUAAAAAACGAACAAUCCGAAGUCUUGAAUGUAUUUUUGUGUUACAGUUCUUUGGUUUCUGCAAUGGCGGUACUGGGAUUUAUCCCAAUGACUUACUUCAAACUGAUAUUGUUUGCCUGCUUUGUUUGUUCUUCUCUGGUUCUCACGACCCAGGACCAACUUUGUGAUCCAAAUGAUUUGUGGGCACUGAAAGAAUUUGCCAGAAACCUCGCAGUUACAUCAUGGUCUAAUGAUUCCAAUUGUUGUCAGUGGGAUGGUGUUGUUUGUGAUGAUCAUAGUAAAAUAUCUGUUACAAGUAGAGUGAUCAUGUUGAAGCUGCCGAAAAAGGGUUUGAAGGGGAUGGUUCCCGGCUCUUUGACCCGUUUGGCUUACCUGAAAUGGCUUGAUCUUUCUUUCAAUCAUCUAGAAGGAAUAUUACCUGUUGAGUUCUCAAACUUGAAGCAGCUGGAAGUUCUUGAUUUGAGCCAUAACAGUCUGUCAGGACCCAUUGCAGGAGUUCUUUCAAGUUUUAAAAUGAUUCGGUCAUUAAACGUUUCUAGUAAUUCAUUCACUGGGGACUUGUCAGAGCUUGGGGACUUCCCUAAUCUUGCUGUGUUCAACAUAAGCAACAAUUCAUUCACUGGCAGUCUUAAUUCCAAAAUCUGGAGUGCCUCAAAUGGUAUUCUGAUUCUUGAUUUUUCGAUUAAUCAUUUUGUGGGCAAGCUUGAAGGCUUAGAGAAUUGCAGCUCCUCUCUGAAAGAGUUACAUCUGGAUUUCAAUUCACUUGCAGGCGUUCUUCCGGAUGCCUUGUAUUCCUUUUCAUCCUUGCAGCAACUCACGCUCUCUGAAAAUCAUUUCUAUGGCCUAUUAAAGGAUAAUUUGAGUAAGCUCACUAGCCUUCAAUUCUUGAUUAUUUCUGGAAAUCAGCUGUCAGGUCGAAUUCCUAAUGUGUUUGGAAACCUUACAAAGCUGGAAAUCUUAAUUGCAUCCUCAAAUUCAUUUUCUGGGCAAUUGCCUUCAAGUCUGGCUUUAUGCUCAAAGCUCCAUGUACUUGAACUUCGAAACAAUUCUUUAACUGGUCAGAUUGAUCUUAAUUUCACUGGAUUACCUAGUCUUUCUACUCUUGAACUUGCCUCUAAUCGUUUCGCUGGGCCCCUUCCAAAUUCCCUUUCUGAUUGCCGUUUAUUGUAAGUUUUGUUCUUAGUUUGAAAUAAUUUAACGGGCCUAAUCCCUGAGAGUUUCACAAAGCUAAUAUCCUUUUUCUUUCUCUCAUUGUCAAUCAAUAGUUUUGUGGACUUACUUAGUGCACUUAGUUUUCUGCAGCAGUGCAAAAAUCUCACCACUGUUAUUCUUCCAAUGAAUUUCAUUGGUGAGAAAAUUCCGGAAAAUGUGAGUGGGUUUGAGAGCUUGAUGGUUUUAGCACUUGGAAAUUGUGGCCUUAAAGGCCACUUUCCACUUUGUUUGUUGAGUUGCAAGAAGUUACAAGUGCUGGAUUUGUCAUGGAAUAACCUGGAUGGCAGUAUCCCUCCUUGGAUUGGUCAGAUGGAGAAUUUGUUUUACUUGGAUCUCUCAAACAACUCUCUUACAGGUGAAAUCCCAAGAAACUUGGCAGAUCUCAAGAGCCUCGUUUCUACGAAUUGCCGUUCCUCUAGUUCCUCCAUCCACACUUUUUCUGUCGGCGUUCCAGUAUAUGUGAGGAGAGACCAGAAUGUUGGUGUCCUGGCGUCAAGUUUCCCUUGUUCAAUAUACUUGAGUGAUAAUAGAUUAAAUGGGACAAUCCCACCUGAAAUUGGACGCCUGAAGCAGCUCAAUGUCUUAGAUUUGAGCAGGAACAACAUUUCCGGAACCAUCACAAGUUCCAUUUCAGAGCUGGUGAACCUGGAAGUAUUAGACCUCUCAUUUAAUCGUCUAACUGGAUCGAUCCCCAGUUCCUUUUCAGAUUUGGCAAACUUGGAAAAAUUAUACCUCUCUUUCAAUUAUCUAAGUGGGCCGAUCCCCAUGUCAUUGUAUUCAUGAUACAUUUCAUGGUUCAAAAACUUUGUAUUUGUUUAAUUAGU